AUAUGUUAUCUGUAUCUACAUACAUAUACCGCGUGUUGGGAUGGACAGGAACUCAUCUUUUACUCGCCGAGUUCGAAAAUAAGUCUAGUCUCAGACAUUGCGUCGCCUUAUUUUGAGUGGACUUGACGUUUCUUUUACGAGAUGUUUAUUUUUUAUUUAAUAUUCGAAUGAUUCUGGUUAGGCGUCGAAAUGAAGAGCUCUGUUGAUUUAUUUGUGAGAAGGUGUUAAGUUUUCAUUUAACAUGAGUGUCGGUGUGGUAUUGUGGGGUAUUAUUUGUUUAGUGAUUGAAAAAUGUACAGCAGAUAUUGGUGAAACACCGACGUUGGGUACACAAGGAAAUAGAUGUUACGAUAAUUUUAGAAGACCGCAGAGAUGCAUUCCUGGCUUCGAGAAUGCAGCCUUUAAUACAGUUAUCGAAUCCACGAAUACUUGCGGACAACGAGGUCCUUCUGAAUAUUGUGAACAAACCGGCGUAAAUAGCUUGAGGAAAUCCUGCGAGCUCUGCUAUCCGAAUCAACAUCUUCCUGAAUAUAUGACCGAUUUUCAUAACGAAGAACAUCCAACUUGGUGGCAAUCUGAAACUAUGUUCGAAGGGAUACAAUAUCCGAAUCAAGUCAAUUUAACUUUAAAGUUCGGAAAAUCCGUCGAUAUAACUUAUAUAAGAAUAUGGUUUUGGUCACCAAGACCAGAAAGUUUUUUUAUUUCGAAAAAAACAACCGAAGAUAGUGAGUGGAUACCUUAUCAGUUCUAUAGUGCUACAUGUAGAGAUACUUACGGUCUACCUGAUUCCAUUCAACGAAAACGAGGGGACGAAACCCGAGCUUCUUGUACAUCCGAAUAUUCGGAUAUAUCACCUUUACGUGGGGGGAUAGUUCCGUUUGGAACGCUGGAAGGUCGUCCAUCUGCAUUGAAUUUCGACGAUAGUCCUGAUCUACAAGAAUGGGUAACAGCAACCGAAAUAAUGAUAACAUUGGAUCGUCUUAAUGUAUUCGGCGAUCAAGUAUUUGGGGAUGAAAAAGUUUUAAAAUCGUAUUUUUACGCAAUUUCUGACGUCGCUGUAGGCGCUAGAUGUAAAUGUAACGGACAUGCUUCAGAAUGUGUAACAAUUCGUGGAUCAGACGGCUAUCAAAUCAGAACGUGCAAAUGUGAGCAUAACACAGCCGGGAGGGAUUGUGACGAAUGUUUGCCUUUUUAUAACGAUGUACCGUGGCAACGAGCAACUUUCAAAAACGCGCAUGAAUGUAAAGAAUGCAAUUGUAACGGAUAUUCCAAUAGAUGUUACUUCGACCAAAAGCUGUACGAAAAGACGGGACAUGGUGGUCACUGUCUGGACUGUACAGCUAAUAGAGACGGAGUCAACUGUGAAAGAUGCAGAGACAAUUUCUAUAUGAGACAAGAUGGAUAUUGUAUACCGUGCGAUUGUAACAGAAUUGGAUCAAGAAAUUUGCAGUGUAACGAUGAAGGAAUAUGUUCUUGUAUGCCUGGCGUAACUGGAGAAAAAUGCGAUAGAUGCGAAAUCAAUUUCUAUGAUUUCUCUGCUUACGGUUGUAAAAAUUGUUCAUGUUCACAAGUGGGGUCUACUGAUAACCAACCAAGAUGUAAUCCUUAUUCCGGAACAUGUUAUUGUAAAGAGAAUGUAGAGGGGAAAAGGUGUCGUGAGUGCAAACCUGGUUUCUUCGAUCUUCAAUUGGAAAAUCCAUUCGGAUGUACACCAUGCUUUUGUUACGGACAUUCUUCCAGUUGUAAAUCAACUCCUGGAUACUCAAAGUAUACUAUUGAAUCAACUUUUGCGAGAAGCGAUGAAAAAUGGACAGCUGAAGAUAUUAAUGGAAGAUCUUCUCCAUUGAAAUACGAUUCGUUCACUCAAAGCAUAGGUGUGAGGUGCUUAGAGGACGAAAUUAUAUAUUUUGCGGCUCCGUAUAGAUUUUUAGGUGAUCAGAGAUCAUCGUACAAUCAACUUUUAGAAUUUAUACUGAAAAUUGGUAACAACAGACCAACUCCAUCGGCAACCGAUGUUAUUAUCGAAGGAAAUGGUUUGUCUAUAUCUAAUACAAUCUUUUCACAACAAAAUAAGUUGCCUUCGAUACAAGCUCAAAAAUUUAGUUUUCGCCUUAAUGAGCAUCCUAAUUACGGAUGGCAACCAAGGGUAUCUUCCUUUGUCUUUAUCUCCAUUAUAACAAACAUAACUGCUAUUAAAAUUAAAGGAACGUAUGGUUUCGGUGGUGUUGGAUACAUGGAAAAAUUUAGAUUAGAAUCUGCUCUAAGAGGAGGCGCUGGUGAACCUGCUCAUUGGAUAGAAACAUGCGAUUGCCCAACAGGUUACACUGGGCAGUUUUGUGAAUCGUGUGCUCCAGGAUAUAGACAUUCGCCAGCGAGAAACGACCCUUUCUUACCUUGUGUACCGUGUGACUGCAACAAUCACGCCAGCCUCUGUGAUUCAGAAACAGGUAAAUGCAUUUGUCAACACAACACAACGGGAGAAAACUGCCAAUACUGCAACAGAGGAUAUUAUGGGAACGCCCUAAAAGGUACCCCCAACGAUUGUCAACCUUGUGGUUGUCCUAACAACGGUCCUUGUAUCCAGAUCGACGACAAACACAUCAUGUGUACGGAGUGUCCCACAGGAUAUACUGGACAUAGAUGUGAAUUUUGCUCGGACGGUUAUUUUGGAGAUCCUUCGGGACAAUUUGGACCAAUCGCUCCUUGUAAAAUAUGCGACUGUAACAGAAAUAUUGACCCGAACGCUAUCGGAAAUUGUAAUACGACUACUGGGGAAUGUCUCAAAUGUAUUUAUAAUACAGGAGGUGCCAAGUGUGACGUUUGUUUAUCGGGUUUUUAUGGGAACGCGCUGGUACAACCAAAAGGAGAUUGUAAGCGAUGCGAAUGCGAUCUUCCUGGAACUGAAACGGACUUAAGAGGCGCCGCUAUAUGUGACCAAACCACUGGUACUUGUCAGUGUAAGAACCACGUAAUUGGCAGAAAUUGCGACAAGUGUGAAGACGGGUAUUUCAAUUUGCUCAGUGGACACGGUUGUCAAAAUUGUAAUUGCGACACUAUAGGAUCGAUAAAUCAAACUUGUGACGGUACUACGGGGAAAUGUUAUUGUAGAGCUGGUAUUACAGGUUUGAGAUGCGAUCGAUGCGAAAAUAAACACUACGGAUUCUCAAUUGAAGGAUGUAAAGCGUGUGAUUGUGACCCUUUGGGCUCCGUUGAUCUUCAGUGUGAUAAUUUUGGUCAAUGUUUAUGCUUAGAUAACGUCGAGGGCAAAAAAUGUGAUAGAUGUAAAGAAAAUAAAUACGAUAGGCGAAGAGGAUGCAUCGAAUGUCCCGAAUGCUACAAAUUAGUUCAACGCUCCUUGAAAAAUCACACCGACAAGUUAGAUAUGUUGAAUCAAGUAUUAUACGAUAUUGAAACAAAACCAACCGUUGUAUCUGACGAUGAAUUUCCACAAAAAUUAAUGGAAAAACAAAAAGAAGUCGCUGAAUUAUACGAAAACUCCAGUAAUAUGCUUUCCGAGGAAGGAUUAUUUGUUAAAGUAGAUAAAAUACGGAGCGGUACGACAAAUAUUUGGAGAACUCUAUCAGAAAUCGACGAAAACCUCUACAAUAUAGAAAACACAAAUUUUUUGACUAAAAACAAUUUGAAUCAUAUUGACGAACUAGUCGAAGAAUUUAAAGAAAAAAUUGAUGAAGUAGAAGAAGACCUGUUAGUGAAAGGAACGCGCUCACUAAAAGAAGCUCAAGAAAGAGCUAUUAUUGCCGGAGAACAUUCGGAGAAGAUGACAGCGAUUUCGCAAGACGCGAGAGAUCUGGCGAAUAAUCUUCAACUACAAGCUCUAAAUAUCGAAGAAACAGCCUUAAAAUCAAAGUUACGAUCUAUAGAAGCUUAUAAAACAGCUAAAAAUUCCUUAGCAACGCAAGGACAAAUUACAGAUUUAUUAAGAUAUUUAAGAAACGAACUUCAGAAAACAGAACAACAAUUAUAUGCUUCGAAAGAAUGGACUAAAGAAGUUAGUGAUAAAGCGCAAACUGUUAAAAAGAAUGCCUUGCUUUUAUUUAACGAAAUUGAAAAUCUCAUUAUACCGAAAAUAGAUAUCGAUGAGUUUGUAGAAAAAUCUCGUGAAUUAAAACAAAAAGCUCUUGAUUUCAAAUCGAGAUAUAACAAUAUUUUAAAAGAAAGCGAGGACGUAAAAAAUAGAAUCGCACAACAAAUAAUUGCCAGUAAAGAGCUACUUGCAGUAGCUUUGAAACAACAAGAAGAAAUAGAUGAUUUAAAAAAUGAUUUAAUUUUAUAUGAAAGUCAAGAAAAGUUCAUCAUUAAUCUUUGGAACGAAAUAUGGAGUAAUGCAAACAGCAACUACAAAUUACUAAAAGAGUUUGAUUCUCAAACAAGAAAAAGCAAGGAAGAAGCUGAUUCAGCUUUAGAAACCGUUAAUAAAAUAGAGAUUACUGUGAAGGCAACUCUGUUACAAAUUCAAAAUUAUCAAGACAACGUUCAACAAGCUAUUAAAAAUGCAAAUUUGGCAUCACAAAAAGCACAACAAGCUAAUCAACUGGCAAAUAAUGCAUCAAUUAUUGCCGAAGGUGUUAAAAGGGAAUCAGAAUUAUUGUUUAAAAAUUCUACGUUAUUAUCUGAAGAAGCUGCUCUGAUGUUUGAUAGAGUGCAGAAUACUGAAGGCGAAUUGAAGAAUUUGAUAGAAAAAACUAGAAGUAAUACUAGUUUGAUUAAUGAAGCGAAAGAAAAAGUUGGUCGCGCUGGAAAAGACACUCAAGAAGUAUCUGACAAAGUUAAAAAUCUACUAACUGAUAUCGAGAGUAUAAUGUCCGAACUACAGAACUCACCAGGAAUUGACGAUAACGACGUCGAUAGACUAGAAGAACAAAUUAGAAUAACUGAAGAAAAAAUAAGAGCAGCAAACUUAGAUGAAACGUUAGAACAACUUAAAGAAGAACGAAAAGCGAAGGACGAAUUGAUUGAAAAUUACAAAAAAAAAAUAUCAAUGUUAGAAUACGAAGUAGAAAAUAUCGAGAGAGUUGUCGAAGCCCUUCCGACUGGAUGUUAUAGACGAGUAGAAUUGGAGCCAUAGAAAAUGAUAUUUUCCAAAAUAAUAUUGUUACGUUUUAUAUUAAAACUUUUAUAAGAAUUUUUAAUAAACCUAUUUAUAAUAUAAAAA